GUUAGCGGAUUCGAUUAGAUUGUAGCUAAUAGGCACUCCUUUUCUUUCUGUUCGUUUUUUCUCACAGAUUCGGUCGUGGUGGUGGUGGUGGUGGAGUCCAAUUGCCGCACGAUUUCCCGGUGAAAUCGACCACCACCGCAAAGAAAUGCCCACCUUGCCCAGGAAUGUCUGAGAGAGACGAUGGAUUUUUCCAGAUGGUGUGCGAGCUCUUGCCAGGAGAAGGAGGAGGUGGAGGAGGAGGAGGAGAUUGCUUCAUGGAUGAUCCUGGAUUCCCCAAUUCAAUUCCACCUGCCGCGGAUUGGGCGACCAAUUUCCUCACAUCGCCUCCAUUUCAGUCGGGCAGCUUCUCCUCUCUCUUGGAAGAUCUCCUCCUUGCGGAGCCACCGCCAGAGGAUACCGCCGCGUCAUCGCAGGAUCAACGGGAGGGCGUGGCGGCGGAGGAGGGGGAGGACGAGAAAUCGAAAGCGCGCGGCCGCAAGCCCCACAAAUCCGAGCUGUUGGGCGACGUCUUGCGGAGAAUCUCGUGUGAGAGAACAGAAUUCCUGGCUCAGGUAUGGGUGCCCACGAUGCGAAACAGCAGGGUCAUGCUUACCACGCAAGACCAGCCAUACGCCGUGCAGCCCACCAAAUGGGACCUCGUGCGGUACCGCACGCUGUCCGCGCGGUACGCCUUCCCGGUGGCUGGCGGUAGCAUUGGUGAAGUUGGUGGUGACGUGCUGCCCGGGCUGCCGGGCCGGGUGUUCAGCCGUAUGCUGCCGGAGUGGAGUCCCAAUGUCCAGUUUUAUGACUGUAAAGAUUUCUUGCGAGUCCAAGACGCCGCGCGGUGUAACGUGCGGGGAACUCUGGCUGUGCCGGUGAUCGAGCCCAAUGCUAGAGAGUGCCUGGCAGUGAUUGAGCUUGUCGCCAAUGUGGAGAAGGUCGGGUAUGAGUCCGAGAUGGGAAUGAUUUGCAAAGCGCUCGAGGACAUAAAUCUCUCGAGUUGGCCCAGAUGCGGAGUACCCGAGGUGCCAAAAGCUGGACGAGAGGCUGUGUUCGAGGAGAUCUCCGGAGUUCUUCUAGCAGUGUGUGAGUACCAUCAACUUCCACUAGCACAGACAUGGAUUCCAUGCUUCCAGUCCUCCGGCAAGAGCUCCGGGAAUAAAAACCUUCCGUGCUUGGUCGCGAGCCACGCACCGUUUCACGUAAGGGACUCGUCGCUCGAGGGAUUCCACCGGGCCUGCUCGCAGCAGAAGCUGGAAGCCGGGCAAGGCGUCGCUGGGAAAGCCUCCACCACGAACCAGCCGAGCUUCACGAGAGACGUCAAGAGCUACUCCAUCGCCGAGUAUCCACUAGUGAAUUACGCUCGCUACUUCAAGCUCGGGGCCGCGGUGGCGAUCCGGCUGAGGAGCCGGCUCACUGGCAGCGACGACUACGUCCUGGAGUUUGUUCUCCCGCUCGAAUGCACGGAAGAGGUCGAGCAGUGCAAACUCCUGGACGCUCUCUCGGUCACCAUGCAGCAGGCUUGCCAGAGCUUGAGGAUGGUUUCUAGCAGAGAAGUUUUGGAGCAGCGGAGUGUGGUUAGCUCUCCUCGAUUCCUGGAGCUUCACAGUGGUGACGAGGAGAUGUCGGGUGUUGUGUUCGACAACAGUGGAUUGAGUGUCACCACCACCGCCACUACGACCACGACGAAAGCUACGGCCAAGAGGAAGAAGUUAUGUGGAGAUGAUCAGAGCUCGUACUGGAGUGCUUGCUCGAUUCAAGGCGAUGGCUCCGGCGCUGCCAAGAAAAAAGCGGGAGAGAAGAAGCGUGCCACCAACGAGAAAACGGUGCCUUUGGAUGUUCUCCAGCAGCACUUCGCUGGGAGCUUGAGAGAUGCUGCGAGGAACAUUGGAGUGUGUCCGACGACAUUGAAACGGAUAUGUCGACAGUAUGGGAUCUCGCGGUGGCCGUCUCGAAAGAUAAACAAGGUGAAUCGAUCGCUCAUGAAGCUGCAAGGAGUUAUAAACUCGGUGGAGGGCGCGGACAGGAAAGUGAAGCUUGACAUACUGACCGGAGAGAUCGCGUCGGCUGCUGCUGCUACAGCUGCGAUCACAUCCAAGACGAGCAAUUCAGGUCCAUCAACGAGCAAGAGUUCAUCCGAAGCUAGCUUAAAAGCCGAGACUCCAGCAGGAAAAGAAGGUCUCAACGUUUUCCCAGACGGCGGUGGCACUGCUACUUCUCCAAACGAAACUCCGGAGAUUCACACCACCGAACCGAGAGUGAACUUGCUACCGGCGAUCAAGAUCGAGCCCCGGGUUCACGGAAGCCACGCAGCUCUCUCGGUCCUGGAUCAACAGAAACUAUCUCCCGAGCGCUUGAUAGCGAAAAAGCAAUCCUCUUCACCACCACUACCACCGCCACCACCACCACCACCAGGAACUCAAGAACAUCAAAGUUUCUAUCACCAAAACCAGGCGAGCUACAUCGACUGGCCAGCGCUGUCGAACCGAGUUCUAUGCUCCAAGGAGGGAACCAACUGUUUCGAGGAGCGGGCGAUCACGGUCAAGGCAACACUGCGAGAAGACACGAUUCGAUUCAAGAUGGGGAUGGAGUUUGGAUUCGACACGCUCAAGGGCGAGGUGGCAUGGCGAUUCAAGCUGGACAAGGAAGGUUUCACGCUCAAGUACAUGGACGACGAUGCGGAAUGGGUGGUGCUCAAUGGCGACGCCGACUUGGAGGAGUGCUUGGACGUGAUGCGUUUUAGCGGCUCGCGGGUGAUCAAGCUCGUCGUCCAGCCUGUGAGCAAUCCAAACGCCGGAUCGCCGAUUUCGCCCAGCUUCUGCAGUGUCAAUUCGUGAACUUGAUAGAUGUGAUCUUGAGUUGUAGCCUAGUUUUCUAUUUUCUUCGUUUGUACAGGGGCAAAGUUCUGGUUUUGUUAGUGGGAGAACGCAAAAAAAAAUGGAGAUAAUUGUGAA